AAAGGAGAGGGGAUAAGCGAGGGAGAGGAGAGAGAUACGAGGAAAUAAUCUACUCAACCCCCGGUUUAUUAGUCACACACCACACACCCACGUAGCAAACCCGGUCUGUAGCCCACGUCACGGUUCUUCUCUCUCACCCAUCACGCUUCCCUCAGGCAUCCCUCGGACUCCCAUCCCUCGGACUCCUCUUCUCCCUCUGACUCGAAACGAACAACUUCUCCCUCACCCACAGCUCGUUGCAGCACCCCAGCCCCCCACAGACCACAUGAAGCAACGACAUCUCUUCUCCCUCACCCAGACUCUUCCCUCACCCAUCACCCCUCGACGCCCCUCAACCCAAUCCCUUCGUGUCUCUCACCGCUAAAACCCUAGAAGAUCUCUUCUCUCCACCCCAAACAAAAAUGUGUAUAAAUAUUACAAUACGUGGACCAGUUUUUUCGUCUUCCUCGUUUCACUUUCUUCCUCUUUAUCCCCCCCUUCUUUUCACAGUUCUUUUUUGUACCCAUUUUCUUAAUUUGUUCUCUUCCUUGUCAUUCCUCAUAACUCGAACCAUGAAGGAGGCUAAUGGCAGAGAGAGACGCGCAGAAAAAGCACUAAUCCUCUGAAACACGCGUAUACAGAGAGAGAAGGUAGAUACACAAUCUUGUGUCUGAGGACUAAUGGGUUCGUCUUCGGGUCAGAGCAGCGGCAGCUACGAUCUCUCAUUCAAGAUCUUACUGAUCGGAGAUUCCGGCGUUGGAAAAAGCAGUAUCCUUGUCAGCUUCAUCUCCAACACCGUCAAAAACCUUUCACCCACCAUUGGCGUGGAUUUUAAAAUCAAGCUGCUCACCGUUGGUGGGAAGAAAUUGAAGCUCACAAUUUGGGACACUGCUGGACAGGAGAGGUUCAGGACAUUAACAAGCUCUUAUUUUAGAGGUGCCCAAGGGAUCAUUCUUGUUUAUGAUGUUACGCGUAGAGACACCUUUACAAACUUAUCAGAUGUAUGGGCUAAAGAAGUGGAACUCUAUUCGACUAAUCAAGACUGUGUCAAGAUGCUUGUUGGGAAUAAAGUUGAUAUGACGUGGUUCCAGGCCUCUGAAAGGGUUGUAACUAGAGAGGAGGGAAUUGCACUAGCAAAAGAGCUCGGAUGUUUGUUCAUUGAAUGUAGUGCUAGAACAAGAGAAAAUGUGGAACAAUGCUUUGAAGAACUUGCGUUGAAGGUAAUGCUUAUGCUAUUUGACAUUCCGUUGAUCCAUGCAAUCACUUUUUGGUGGAGCUAUGGUUUGGCUGGCAGCCGUUGGUUGGAACCCCCUAAUUAUGAGGGGAAUGGUCGAGUGGGGAAGGGUUGAACAAGGCUUGCCCAAAACUAUGAUUGCCAUAAGUAUGAUUUGGCCAUUUAUUUUCAUUUUUAACGAAUUUGAGAUCAUUUUACAGAUAAUGGAGGUUCCUAGUCUUUUAGAAGAAGGGUCAGCAAAAAAGAGAGACAUUUUGAACCCUAAACCGGAAAACCAAGCACGUCCAAACAAUGGUUGUUGCUAAUGCCUCCAAACAGUCAAGACUCACUUCUCAUGAACGGAUCUUGUACAUGUUAAUGAAAUAUUGGCACUCGGAUAACAUGUAUUAGCUUGUGUAAAUCGUUUGUUUUUUUUUUCUUCCUUAAAAUAAUAUCAGCCGAAAACAGAUACUAUAUGGAUUUGCAAUGGUUGAGCUGUCGUAGUUAUUCAGUCCACAA